AUGGAGGAUGAUGUCGUGCGAGGGCGAUGUGCGGCCAUCGUCCAGCAUCUUCUGUACAGUGGAGAAAAUCGGAUGUUGCGGACAGAACAGCAGCGUCUGCUUAGCGCUGUGGCGGAGGAGCUGCGGCAGCGGGCAAUUUUGAUGUAUCGUCUUUGUCGAGCAAAGCAAGAGAAGAUUGCGUUGGAUCAAACGGAAGACGCGGCGUACUGCGUGUUAGCGGCUGUUUCCUCCCGUCAGCCAUCGCUUUGGGCGGUUUUGACUACCUGGAGCCGUGCGCUGCGUCCACGAUCGCCCGAGUUACGCUUUGGGACUCCUGUUCUUGUUACGGUGCGCCUGAAGGAGGUGGAACAAUUCAUUGCCCGCAGCUCUCACCUUCAGCUUGCAUUGGGCGCAGAAGACGCAUCGCCACCGGCAAAGAGUAGCAGCAUUUCUGUGAUGGGUGCAUCAUGGACUCAUGGCAGGACAAGGAAGCAUCCACGGGAGGAGGAAAACACCCCUGGGACGAAGUUGGAACCCGAACUUGCCAUUCGGUUGGCGUUUGACUACUUCCAGCUGAACAUAGCGAAAUCCAAGAAAUUCUACGCCGUUGUUGCCGCAUACGAGAAGAAACUAGGCGGCGUGAAACUGAUUGAGAAGAAGGAGGAGUCUUCUGCCAAAAGGAUGAAGAGGGCUUUGUGUGGCCCACGGAAGGGCAAACGUGGUAUCCCGGAGGGCGAUGGUCUCAGUAACAGCAGUCAUAAUAAUUACAAUGGUGGUUUUGGCUUGCCCACCGAAGAGGAGGGGGAGGACGAUAUGGGCGACUAUUCCCUCUUAUUCCCUCCCGCAUUGUCUUUGCCGUCCUCGUCGUCUUGGACCUUCGGAGCCGCUCCUCCCGCAACAAUACCUCAGUGUUUUUUUUCCUCCGUGAGUUUGAAUGCAGUCGCCGAUAGAGUUGAGGCAACUUGUUCCGCUUUGUUUUUCGACAGACUACAGCGUUGCCUACGAAAUCCCUUGUUGUAUUCUUCUUUGGCGUCCAUGGAGGAAUUCAACGCCGACAUGUUUCAUGAUGCGCACAAUCAUUCGCUCCCCGCAAGUCAGCUUGGGGCCGCCUACUUAAUUGCCAGCCAGGGCGCAAGGGUGGGAUUUGGCGGAUCGUUGCGUUCCCCAAGACAUUUUUUGCAUCCACUGCGGGCACGUCCAACUUCUCUCAUGCCGGUGCCCCUCCAAAUGGUCACAUCGCAGCAGCUGUGGAGACGUCUGCUGGUGGCUGGCCUAUGGCUACAUGUGGUUGGGACCGAAUUGGAUGAUGUACCUGCACACCUGAAGGUGACCCGCUACUGCGUCACCGUCGUGAGGGUUUCGCAGGGCGAACCGUGCUGUAGCGUCUGUGAUACUCUCGUGCGGGAAAAGCCCAUUCUACGGCUGUCUGCAUUAACGCAUGAGGCGGAAAACCGAGAUGACGGUCAGCCCAUUCAUUCCUGGGAAGAGAUGAAGAGCGUGGGGUUUUCAGCAUCCUCAGCGAACGGUUCCUUUUGUGAUGAACUCUUGCGCUGUCUUUCAGUUCGACUGGAACAGAAAGUACGCGACCAGUCGGGUCGUGAGGUCUCAUCUCAGUCCCAUCCCUCGACGAGAAUAAUCCCUGCAAACACCACUAAAAGGAGCGGUUACGCAUCUCUUUGCACUCAUUCCACCUGUUUAACCACACUUCGGGAGUUGGUGGUUGAUAUUGAAGGUGGAUAUCCCCUUCCCGCAUGCCGUGCGGCGUUGAUUGGUGGGUCAAAAAACGAGGAUGCACUCUUACGACUGCUGAGAGACGAAUCUAGAAGGGAAGAGGAGGAGGAGAAGAGUACGCAUCACUCCGAUGCAACCGCAAAUAUGUCCCGGGAAGUAAAAGAACUGCUGGAAACUGUUCCGUGCAUUCCUAAUUUGCGUGAGGUCGAUGGGGUGUUGGAGUGCGCCGCAUGUCUGCAGCAGUUUCACCAGGGAUGCAUUUGUCCUGCGCAGCGAGAACCCGCUGAGGGCAUUUUCUUGUGUCAUACAUGCCGGUUGGCACGCGGCCCGCUGUUACUACCACCGCUCCGCUGCAGCGUGGUCACAAAUGCGGGCCAAACUGUGGCGUGA